GAGAGCUCCUGGAAAAAGGUGCACACUUGGAACUUGGCUCUGCUGCAUAAUGGGUUACAAAGCGACCUCCAUGCAUUGUGUCUUAAGAUGCCUGUGCUUCAUGCUUCUCCAUUUGUUUAGUGCAGCUCAAGAUGAAGACAUAAGAAGUUGUAGGACCGCACCGUGUGAUUUGGUCUUUAUCCUUGACGGCUCGUGGAGUGUUGAAGAUGUCAAUUUUGAAAUAGUGAAGGGAUGGCUUGUCAAUAUCACGUCGAGCUUCAACAUCGGACAGAAGUUCACCCAGGUCGGCGUGGUCCAGUACAGCGACAACCCCGUUUUAGAAAUACCUCUCGGGAAGUUCUUAGCCACCAAAGACCUCAUCAACGCGAUGGAGAACAUUGAGUACAUGGGGGGAAACACGAGGACAGGCACGGCCAUUCAGUUCGCCACAGAUAGAUUGUUUGGCUUCUCCGAGCGCAGCCCGCAAGGCAUUUCCAGAAUCGCUGUCGUCCUCACAGAUGGGAAGUCUCAGGAUGGGGUUGUGAAAGCAGCGGAGUUAGCGAGGAAGAAAGGAGUGAUUCUGUUUGCUAUCGGUGUCGGGUCAGCGACAGAAGAGGCCGAGUUGAGGGACAUUGCAAACAAACCCUUUUCAACUUAUGUCUUUUCUGUGGAGGACUACAGAGCUAUUUCCAGGAUCAUACAGGUCAUACGACAGAAGCUGUGUGAGGAAACCGUUUGCCAAUCAAGAAUCUCCGUAGAUUCCCGCGAUGAGAAAGGUUUUGAUAUUCUCUUACAUCUAAAUUUGGCCAAAAAAGCAAAAAAGACACAAGGAACCUUUUCCGGCACCAAGGCCUAUGAAGUGACGCCUCGUGUUGACUUGAGUGAAUAUACACGGAACCUUUUCCCUGACGGCCUGCCUCCGUCCUAUGUAAUCGUGGCCACACUGAGGUACAAAGGAUCUGUGACAGCAGAGGAGUGGGACGUGUGGAGGAUACAGAAGGUUGACGGGACGCCGCAGAUGGCGGUGACUCUUAAUGGCUUCGACCGCACCGUCAUGUUCACCGCAACCAGUGCGUCACAGAGCGGAACGCAGACGGUCAGAUUCUCCAAACAGACAGCACGGGUGUUUGAUGAGAAAUGGCACCAGCUGCGGCUGCUGGUCACAGAGGAGGAUGUGACUCUUUAUGUUGACGACCUGGAAAUAGAGACUCUGCCCUUGGAGACCCCCGUUGGCAUCUUCAUCAAUGGAAAAACCCAAGUUGGGAAAUAUUACAGAAAGGAAACGACGGUGCCAUUUGAAAUUCAGAAACUUCGCAUCUACUGUGACCCUGAGCAGAAUAAUCGAGAGACUGCGUGUGAAAUACCUGGAGUCUGCUCCAACAGUCCUGAUUACACUGAACCUACUGAAGAACCUUGUGUUUGUGCUCCCGGACCCCCUGGACCGCCAGGAAUGAAGGGAGAAAAUGGAGGCAGUGGUAAACCUGGUCAGCCUGGAGCUGCUGGUGCUGAUGGUAAGCCUGGCAUUACUGGCAGCAGAGGGAGUCCAGGGCUGCCGGGGCCAGGAGGGGUAGAGGGGCUACGAGGGCCACACGGGUACAAAGGGGAGCAAGGGCGGCCCGGUGCUUUGGGUGAGAGGGGCGUGCCGGGAUUAUCGGGAUCGUCUGGGAAACCUGGAGAGAAGGGCUCUAUAGGAUCUCCAGGUACCGCAGGGUUAGAAGGAAAAAGUGGUCUAGUGGGAGAAAAGGGAAGUAUGGGACCUCCUGGUCCGACUGGUCAUCGAGGAGAACCUGGCCGACCUGGGAGAGAUGGAAAGAAUGGAUUUCCAGGAGGUCCUGGUCAAAAGGGAGAAGUUGGGGCCAGUGGCAUUCCUGGAGCUGAUGGAAGAAUGGGCCAUCCCGGUCUACCUGGAUUAUCAGGAUCUGCAGGCCUGGUUGGUCAUCAGGGGGAGAGUGGUUUGCCCGGACCAAGGGGCCUUAAAGGAUCGUCUGGACCUCCUGGUGAGAUGGGUUUACCUGGUGCACCUGGUUUAAAAGGAACAACUGGAUCCAAGGGCCAUAAGGGUGGAAGUGGAAAUCCAGGUUUACAAGGAACUCCAGGGCCUGUGGGUAGUGCAGGAGAACCAGGAACAGCGGGUCAGCCGGGGCACCCGGGCAUACCAGGCCUGAAUGGAAGCAAGGGACAAAGAGGAAAUACAGGUGACCGAGGAGAGAUGGGAUUGAAAGGACAAAUAGGAGGACAGGGUCGACAAGGGAAUCAGGGCUCCGCUGGUCCCAUGGGACUGAAAGGAGAGAAAGGGACAUCAGGGGAUCCGGGGCAGAGAGGUCAGGACGGUCAAGGGGGACGGCCUGGACAGUUGGGUCAGUCAGGCCCAUCUGGUCCCCGAGGGCUGCAGGGGGACACUGGUCCAACUGGUCCACCUGGACCUGAAGGAAGAUCUGCAAGCGAGUUGUCGGACAGCCACAUUCGGCAAAUUUGCAGAAACAUUCUCCAGACUGAGCUGCCUCUAUUAUUGCUGAGCAACCAGCAGAGUAGCUGCACCCGAUGUCAAAGCCGUCCUGGAUCUGCGGGUCCUCCAGGUCCAGCUGGGCCCCAGGGAGACAGGGGUCUUCCUGGACUUGGCGGCUCCAGGGGGCAGCCAGGCCACCCUAGUCGGCCUGGACGUCCUGGUAUUAACGGACUCAAAGGAGAACCAGGUUUCAAGGGUGAGAAGGGGAGUGCGGGUCGAACCAUGAUGGGAGACCAAGGGCCACCGGGGCCUCUAGGUCCAAUGGGUCCCCAGGGGUAUAGUAAACCAGGUCCUCCAGGUAACCCUGGACCCCCUGGUCUGAAUGGAGCAGAGGGUCAAAGUGGUAACCCUGGCAACCCCGGUCCGCAUGGGGUGUGUGAUCCAUCCAUGUGCUACAGUAGCAUGAUGAGGCGGGAUCCUUACAAUAAAGGACCAAACUAUUGACGUCACAACUGCAGGCACCAGUUUCAAGUUGAUGUGGAACUAACGGUCAUUCUCAGGAAGAUCUCAUCUUUACAGUUUAUCUCUGUCAUGGAAACAGAACGGACCUCUUGUCUGUCACGUGAUCUCAGACAACACAACCAGAUCCUAUCAUAUUUUCAUCAUUCUAUUGGUGUUUUGUAUCAUUGUUCCGACAUCUAAGAGCAUGCUUUUUUAAUAGAGAAUCAAUAAUUGACUCUAGUUAACACCUCUCAUAUGAUCACUAUGGUUUCCAUGUCUGGGUGUCCCUCAGGUCAGUAUGGCUGGUACAUUUUCCCAUAUUGCCCCCUGGUGCUGCUUUGUUGCAUGACGCUGUCUACAUUUUCACAGUGGGUGCUGUACGUUACAUAAAAAAAACACACAAAAAAACAAAAAAAGACGUCUAUAAUCUCUAAGUUCCAUGUUCGGUGAUUUCAACCUAUCAGAAAAUGUUUCAGCACUAGACUGUGAGUUUGAUUUCCUGUGGCUGCUGAUGAGCUGCUGUAAGCUUGUGUUCCUGAAGCAUCCAGUUUAACUGUUAACACGUAACUCUCAAUGAAAACAGAAGCUAAUACUGGGUAUCAUCUGAGAUAAAUGAAUACUUCUGUUUAUGAUAAGUUCCUCCAUGUGUCAUUUAAUUCCAGUUAAGAAGUGAGAUGUUAAAAGAUUCACCAUCUAAGAACAUGCAGACAUUUUAAUUUGAAGUUUUGUGUCACGUAUGUUCCGGAGGCGUACCUUUCAUUACUGUAGCAAGUAUUUUAUUGUUAUUUAUAAGAGAGUCAUGACUGCGUAUUUCGGCAGUGACGUGUCCUGAGUAACUUUUGUAAUUUUAUUUUGUGUUAAGUUGACUUUUGUAUGAAUCUUUCUUUUUUUUUUCUUUUUUCUAACUAGAAUUAAAAAA